AGAGUCUGUUUUUGGCAAUGUUAAAUUCCAAGAAUGUCACUUCUAAAUAUGGUUUUACAGAAACUGAUAAAAUCCUUUCCUUUUCUUUUGCUUCAAUUACUACUGAUCUUGCUAAGCAAUGCUUCAGUUGAUGGAGUUGAGAAAAAGAACUUUUACAUUGUUUUCUUUGGAGUUCAACCUGUAAAUAGAGACAUUGCACUUGAGACUCAAUUAAAUGUUCUAUCUUCUGUGAAGGGAAGUUAUCAUGAAGCCAAAGAGUCCAUUGUAUAUAGCUACACAAAGAGCUUCAAUGCAUUUGCUGCAAAACUGUCAGAAGAUGAAGUCAAUAAGUUAUCUGCCAUGGAUGAAGUACUUUUGGUGUUUAAAAAUCAAUACCGUAAGUUACACACAACAAGAUCAUGGAACUUCAUUGGUUUACCUCUGACUGCCAAGAGAAGAUUGAAAUUAGAACGCGACAUAGUUGUUGCUCUUUUGGACACAGGGAUCACGCCCGAGUCGAAAAGCUUCAAGGAUGAUGGUUUAGGUCCUCCACCAGCAAAAUGGAAAGGAACUUGUAAACACUAUGCUAAUUUCUCAGGCUGCAAUAACAAGAUCAUAGGAGCCAAAUACUUCAAAGCUGAUGGAAACCCUGACCCAGCCGACAUAUUAUCGCCCAUAGACGUUGAUGGUCAUGGUACUCAUACCGCAUCGACAGCUGCAGGUGAUUUAGUCCAAAAUGCAAAUCUCUUUGGAUUGGCUAAUGGAACUUCACGCGGCGCUGUGCCAUCGGCUAGGUUGGCAAUUUAUAAAGUCUGCUGGUCAUCAACUGGAUGUGCAGACAUGGACAUACUUGCCGCAUUUGAAGCGGCUAUACAUGAUGGUGUGGAUGUCAUAUCCAUUUCCAUAGGUGGAGGAAGUCCGGAUUAUGUUCAUGACUCUAUAUCAAUUGGCGCAUUUCAUGCCAUGAGGAAAGGUAUAAUCACUGUUGCAUCAGCUGGAAAUGAUGGUCCAAGUAUGGGAACUGUAACAAAUACUGCACCAUGGAUUGUGACUGCAGCAGCUAGUGGCAUUGACAGAGCCUUCAAGAGCACUGUACAAUUAGGAAGUGGAAAAAAUGUUUCUGGUGUAGGAAUUAGCUGUUUCGAUCCAAAACAAAACCGGUAUCCUAUUAUUAAUGGGAUUGAUGCCGCGAAAGACUCGAAAAGCAAGGAAGAUGCUAAAUUCUGCAACUCAGGCUCCUUACAAGCAAAUAAGGUGAAGGGAAAGCUUGUUUACUGCAUAGGAUCAUGGGGCACUGAAGCUACUGUAAAAGAAAUUGGAGGAAUUGGUAGUGUAAUAGAAUAUGACAAUUAUCCUGAUGUUGCUCAAAUUUCGAUAGCUCCUGCUGCUAUUGUCAAUCAUAGCAUAGGUGAAACUAUUACCAAUUAUAUCAAAUCUACAAGGUCACCAUCAGCAGUGAUAUACAAGAGCCAUGAAGAAAAAGUGCUAGCUCCAUUUACUGCUACAUUCUCAUCUAGAGGACCAAAUCCAGGAUCCAAACAUCUUCUCAAGCCUGACAUUGCAGCUCCAGGCAUUGACAUCUUGGCAUCUUAUACUCUUAGGAAAUCACUCACUGGUUUGGCAGGGGAUACACAAUUUUCAGAAUUUUCAAUAAUAUCCGGAACUUCCAUGGCAUGUCCUCAUGUCGCUGGUGUAGCAGCAUAUGUGAAGUCAUUUCAUCCCAAAUGGACUCCUGCUGCAAUCAGAUCUGCAAUUAUCACCACUGCCAAACCUAUGAGCAAAAGAAUUAACAAUGAAGCAGAAUUUGCCUUUGGUUCUGGUCAACUAAACCCAACAAGAGCUGUGAGUCCUGGUUUAAUCUACGACAUGGACGACCUUGGCUAUAUCCAAUUCCUAUGCCAUGAAGGUUACAAGGGUUCAAGUUUAUCAGCACUAAUUGGUUCUCCUAUAAAUUGCUCCUCUUUAAUUCCUGGACUUGGCUAUGAUGCUAUCAACUAUCCAACCAUGCAACUUAGCUUGGAAAGCAAGAAAGAGACACAAAUUGGAGUUUUUAGAAGAACAGUGACCAAUGUAGGUCCUGUUCCAAUUACCUACAAUGCUACUAUUAGAUCACCAAAAGGAGUUGAAAUCACAGUGAAGCCUAGUGUCCUUAGUUUUGAUAAAAAAAUGCAGAAGAGAAGCUUCAAAGUAAUUGUGAAAGUUAAAUCUAUUAUUACAAGUAUGGAGAUUCUAUCAGGUUCACUUAUAUGGAGAAGUCCACGUUACAUUGUAAGGAGUCCUAUAGUUAUUUACAAGCCAUAAGGUUGCAUUUUUAUAAGGCCCUUAAAACACUUUUUAUAAAUACUUGGAUGAAAUUAAAUUUCAAUGUACUUUUGUGAAAACUAUUUGCCCAUUCCUUGUAACAACUAUAUUAAUUUUAACACGUGAAUGUGUCCUUGUUGUGAGAA